AUGCAAGCUCAUGAUCCUAUUCACGAAGGAAUUUCUCUCCAAACUAGAGCAGGCCAAGUAACGUUGUGCCCUUCCCGAAACGCACACUCCCAUAUGGCAUCCCGAUCGAGAAAGGCCUCGUCUCUCACCAUCUCGUCUCCUAUCUUACAAUGCCUACAAUAUCGCACCCCACCCUUAGCUCUCCUCCCCUUACCACGACGUAUCCAGACCGCCGCUGAAGGUGGAGGGACAGGGAGAUAUCUGCCUCCCCGAAAAAUUAUUCAUGCCCGACCUCAGAAGCGAGCACCAUUCCCGAUUCGAAAUCCCCGGCCGUUCGCGGUCAAUGAUGACCCUGCAAGGCUGAACGAGAUGUACACUACUCUGCUUGGGAGGGACAUGGGGCUUACCGAUGAGGUUAAAUGGCAGGCAGUUACACAUAAGAGUUUUGACCACGGACACCAGCCAUUUAAUGAGAAGUUGGCUAUAUACGGUAAACGGGUUUGUUGGCUACAUGCUUCACUCCAUUUACUGAAUGGCCCACCGAUCGAGGAUAAGAGGGUCUAUGAACCUCCUAAUUUCGUAUCUUCGUUGGACGGAACGCCAUACCGCAAGCCGGAACCAUUUCUUCAUAGGGAUUACAAGUCGCUGGUCUCAAUCAAGGAUAGGAACAUCCGGGCCAUUCUCGACCCGGGAAAGUUGGCUACUAUUGCCCGUCUUGUACGGCUGGACAACGUUAUGAGGUGGAAGCCGAAAGACAGCGAUAAUCUCCACGAGUCCGGACAAGCGUUGGUAGCAACUCAAGCUUUGUAUGCGAUUGUUGGCGCGCUAGCAUUACAAAGAGGGGGAGAUAUCGCUGGGGGUGUGGUCCGAGAGAGACUCCUUUCGAGUAUUGAUUGGGUGCUGGAGAAGACCAAGGACAUGGAAUCAUGAAAAAUGUGGGUUGUAAUUCGGCGGAUGUUCAUACGAGAGUUUGCGGCCAGACUCUAGAAAAAGUUAAAUAACCGAUAAACACGCCAAAACUUGUAUUGUGCGGGUUAUAUAAUGUGGGAACCACUGCUGUAUAUACCACGGAAUUUGGAAUUCUUAAAAUCGAAUUUUUU